AUCGCCGUGGUGAGCUGUGCGUGAAAUAAGAGGCAGGGAAAAGGAUCCGGACGACCGGUCGCGUCCUGGAUACCAGCAUGGGACUCAAAUACAUCAUAAAGGCUCUCAUCCUUGCAAGUAUCCUAUCAAUAGGUUUUGCAACCUUCGGAAAUGAACACGUUCACAUAAGGAUACACCUGCCAUUGGACCAUGACAAACACGAGGAUCACGGAGGAGGCGGUGGUGGUUACGGUGGUGGAGGCGGUGGUGGUCACGGUGGUGGAGGCGGCGGUGAUGAUCAUCACGAUAUCAGCGGUCCUGGAGGUGACAUAGGAGGUGGUUUCGGGGAUGACCACGGCGGAGGUUUUGGCGGCGGUCACGGAGGAGGAGGAGGUUAUGGAGGUGGUGGUGGAUUCGGGGGUGGUUUCGGAGGUGGUCACGGUGGAGGUUUCGGAGGUGGCCAUGGCGAUAUCAGCGGAGGUGGCGACAUUAUCAUAGACCACGGUGGCGGCCACGGCGGCGGAGGUGGUUAUGGCGGCGGGGGUGGUUUUGGCGGCGGCGGCGGUUUUGGAGGUGGUCAUGGCGGCGGUGGAUACGGCGGGGGUGGCGGCGGUAUAAUUAUAGAAGACGAUGAACACGGCGGCGGCGGCGGACACGGAGGCGGCGGACACGGAGGCGGUGGAUUUGGAGGCGGUGGACACGGGGGUGGUGGAUUUGGAGGCGGUGGACACGGAGGUGGCGGAUACGGUGGCGGCGGCGGCGGUGGUAUUAUCAUACACGGAGGACACGGAGGCGGUGGUGGCGGAUUUGGCGGCGGACAUGGAGGCGGUGGUGGUUACGGCGGCGGUGGCGGACACGGAGGCGGCGGACACGGAGGCGGUGGUUAUGGCGGCGGCGGUGGCGGCGGCAUUAUCAUCGAGUGGUUUAAUUAUUGA